AUGGAGAAUAGGUCAAUAGAAGCAUUAGAGAUUAUCAACAACAGAGAUAAAUACCAAGACGACAGCAGCAGACUCUUACAAGCAAUAAAGUAUAUAAAGAAUACAAUCAUUGGUAAUACAAAGAAGAAAUUAGAGUUUAUAGAUAAUGGUGCUAUUGCAUUGUUUAUAAAUUUACUGUUGAAUGAAAAGAAUCAAGAUAUAUUGAUACAAGUUACAUGUGUAUUGGGUAGUUUUUCGUGCAAGUUGGAGAGAGGAGCAUUGGAUAUAUGCAAGACACCCAAUGCAUUGGAUAGGUUGAUUUCACUGCUGUCACACGACAACCAAAAGAUGGUAGAGUCUAGUGCACGAACCAUCAAGUUUAUACUAGGUUCGAAACCACAAAACAGCAAUCACCAUGCAUUCAAUCACAUCAAUUCAUUUAUCUAUGGCGCAGAGGGUAUACGAUUGUUGACAUCGUUGCUCAAGCACAACGAGUCGAUUCAAGAGACUGCCAUUAUUAUCAUUGGACAAGGAUGCGAACCAUUGAUCAACAAUCGUAGAGAGGAACUAAACACCUACCAAACACAAUUGCUAAAGAGUGGUGCUUUUGACAGCAUAUUCUCGUUUUUGGCACCAUCCAAAUCAAAGUUACAAGAGCAGUGUCUUGUAGCGGUCGAGUUGUUGACUAGAGACAACGCGACCGUCUGCCAACACCUUGUCAAUCGGUCACCCGAUUAUGUAGAGUUGCGUUUGAUUGUGCAUUUGGCAAAGAGUCAGUCCCCUCGCACCAAACUAUUGGCUGCAACCAUUAUAUGUAACAUUGACCAAACUAAAUGUCUGCCUCCACCAUUCUCACCCGUCAUGACUAAAUUACUGCCAAUGAUUGUUAGACUCAUGUCUCCUCAAACUUGUGCGUCGCCAACUGGAACAGGUCAUGAAUCUGGAUCAUCAAUGAUGAUGAAUGGUAGCGAUACAAUUCCUGCAGGUGGUAGUGGUGGUACUUCCAACAACAAUGCUCAUUUAGGUAAUAUAGAAGAAGAACAAUCUAUACGUGAGGAUAUACCAGCAUUCUUGGCACGUGUAGUAUCUGAAAGUGAAGAGUUGCAGAGAGUGGCUGCAGAGUGUGAAAGUUUGAUCAAGUUGGUUGGAUACAUCCGCGACCGAAAGAGUUCCAACAAACUACUCGAAAAUGCAUUGACAGCCAUCGCAGUACUAUGUAGUACACGUGAAGACAGUCGUCGUCAAGUGGCCGAGUCAAAGGCUAUCCCCAUCAUUGUACAACUGCUCGAUUCUUCACAACCCAGUAUCAAAGCAGCUGCAUGUCGAUGCAUUAAAAGCCUCAGUCGCAGUAUCAAACAACUCCGAACAUUCCUCUAUGACUCUGCCGUCGGGCAACCCUUCCCCAAACUCAUUGUUGACCCAUCGCUAGAGGUACGUGUCAAUGCAUUGGCAUCGAUUUGUAAUCUGGUCAUUGAUUUCAGCCCCAUGAAACAAGAGAUGAUCGAUAGUGGUGUCAUGAAAAAGUUGGUAGAGUACCUGUUGGACGGCCAAUGCGAGCAUCAAGUCCGACUAAACAGUGCAUGGGCACUCAAAAACAUGUUGUUUAUGGCCGAUGUCCCCAUCAAGGAGGCAUUGCUCAAAGAAAUAUCACUCGACAACCUAGCAACACUCACACGAGAGACAAACCCUGCCAUUUCAGAGCAGAUUCUCUCUUUAUUCCGUAAUCUCCUCUACAAAGACUCUACCAACAUUAUCACAGACGAACAUGGACUCUUACUCAUCCGACUCGUCGAACAACUCAUCAAUAAUCCAACCUAUAGCACAAAUGAUGCUGUCAUUAAACAGGCACUAUUUGUUGUUUGUAAUUUAGCUUCAAACAAGGAAAUUCAUAGAAAUCAAAUUAUAACUUCUCCUAUUUUCCAAAAAAUUAUUUAUUAUCUUGAAAAUUCAAACAAUCAUGAAAUUAAAAUUACAUCUAUAUGGUGUUUAACCAAUUUAGUUAAAUUUGAAGAUAUAACAAAGGAACAAAGAAUUAAAAAGAUUAGAGAUAAUGGAUGUAUUGAUAUUGUAAACAUGAUGGUUGAAGGAUCAAAUGAAGAUUUGAAAAUCAGAUCAAAGGAACUAUUGAAAUCUUUUUCUCAAAACUAG